AUUCCUUCCACUCCACUACGGCUUAUCCACUGAGACGAGGGAUAUCAACAUCAUAGUUCGACUUAAUACAACUCUACACAUAUUAUACAUAUACUUACGAAUGCGAUUCUUUAGAGAAGAAUGGGCUCGUAGACCUGCUCCGGGCGAACAGAAGCGGCUAGCGCUUCGUUGGAAAGUGCGCGAAUAUAUGCUAAGACAGGAUUUGGCAAGACAAGUAGCACGAUACACUGCUCAUCCCAAAGAAUGGUCACCGAAGCCCUAUCUGGACUAG